GCGUGGUUUAGUUUAAAUCCGACAUGGAAAGUUCCAAGUUCAUUAUAAUUUUGGUUAUACUGUUAGUUCCCCUAUUUGAUUUAACAACCAAUGGAUACAGCCAUCGGCAUCCUGGCUUUGCCCAGCGCUUGCAGAUUAAACCAGGCUGCUUGCAGGUGCCUCAGAGAUACACCGAGGCGCCGAGUCCAACGCCAACCAUAAUCUUUUCUUCAUUGGAGGAGGUCAGCGGAGCAGAAGCAGAUUAACUCUGAUAGAGUUCCCCGCCGAGUGUGAGUUCCCUGUUCGGUUUAGCUUAUCAGUUUCCGUCUGUGAAGCCCCUGCUCCAAAUGAGGCCUAUAUAAAUGCA